GCGACACCAUGAGUCCCCGCUCGUGCCUGCGUUCCCUGCGCCUCCUGGUCUUCGCCGUCUUCUCGGCCGCUGCGAGCAACUGGCUGUACUUGGCCAAGCUGUCAUCGGUGGGGAGCAUUUCGGAGGAGGAAACGUGCGAGAAGCUCAAGGGCCUGAUCCAGAGGCAGGUGCAGAUGUGCAAGCGGAACCUGGAGGUGAUGGACUCAGUGCGCCGCGGCGCCCAGCUCGCCAUUGAGGAGUGCCAGUACCAGUUCCGGAACCGGCGCUGGAACUGCUCCACGCUUGACUCCCUGCCAGUCUUUGGCAAGGUGGUAACGCAAGGGACACGGGAGGCGGCCUUCGUGUACGCCAUCUCUUCAGCAGGUGUGGCCUUUGCGGUGACACGGGCGUGCAGCAGUGGGGAGCUAGAAAAGUGCGGCUGUGACCGGACAGUGCACGGGGUCAGCCCACAGGGCUUCCAGUGGUCAGGAUGCUCGGACAACAUCGCCUAUGGCGUGGCCUUCUCACAAUCAUUUGUGGACGUGCGGGAGAGAAGCAAGGGAGCCUCGUCCAGCCGGGCCCUCAUGAACCUCCACAACAAUGAGGCCGGCAGGAAGGCUAUCUUGUCACACAUGCGGGUAGAGUGCAAGUGCCAUGGGGUGUCAGGCUCCUGUGAGGUAAAGACGUGUUGGCGGGCCGUGCCGCCCUUCCGCCAGGUGGGCCAUGCACUGAAGGAGAAGUUUGAUGGCGCCACUGAGGUGGAGCCACGUCGUGUGGGCUCCUCCAGGGCACUGGUGCCGCGCAACGCACAGUUCAAGCCACAUACAGAUGAGGACCUGGUGUACUUGGAGCCCAGCCCAGACUUCUGUGAGCAAGACAUACGCAGCGGCGUGCUGGGCACAAGAGGCCGCACAUGCAACAAGACAUCCAAGGCCAUCGACGGCUGUGAGCUGCUGUGCUGUGGCCGCGGCUUCCACACAGCCCAGGUGGAGCUGGCUGAACGCUGCAGCUGCAAAUUCCACUGGUGCUGCUUCGUCAAGUGCCGGCAGUGCCAGCGGCUCGUAGAGUUGCACACGUGCCGAUGACUGCCUGCCCGGCCACAAGCCCAGCAACCACCUAGUGGCCCGGGGAAGGCCGAUAAUUUAAAGUCACCCACCACCUACCCCAAAAGAUACUGGUUUUAUUUUUUGUUUUGGUUUGGUUUUUGGGUCCUCAUGUUAUUUAUUGCCGAAACCAGGCAGGCGACCCCAAGGUCAAACAGGGUCUCCCUGAAGCCUAGGCCUUUGUGGCUGCCACUGACCAAAGGGACCUUGCUCAUGCCUCUGGCUGUCACAUGGGCUGCUACUGACCACUCCCUUAUCCGUGCCCAUUUUUCUACUUGCAGACUUAAGGUGGGUAACAAGGAGUUUUAGAGCCACAUGGCUACUGGCCCUGCUAUCUAGGAAGGGGAGGUGGCCCUGUGGCAGGGAAAAAUCAUUGCCAUCAUGACGGAAGUUACACGACCACAACUACCACCACCACCAACCCCCAGGAAAAAAAGAGUUUACAACUCUCCACCUACACACAUAGGAGCCUUGGGAAGGGGGCUCCGACUGGAGGGCAAGGGCAAGGGCAAGGGCA